GGCGCGCUCUUGCCACACACAGCCUGAGCAGCGUCACAACACCAAGAAUUAAUAGCAGCGAGCAGAAAGAACUGAAAACGUAGGCCAAGCAGACUGUAACAGAGGGAGUGACCUUUAAUAAUUUAGCGACUCGUGAUUCGACAAUGGCUCCUAAAGAUUAUGCUGCCGAAAAAGAGAAAGUAACCACAUUUUUGAAAGAGUUCUACAGAGAUAUUGGGAGCCGCAAAAAGGAUUUUACUUAUGCAAAUCAGCUGACUAAGUUAGCACAUCGAGAACAAGUGGCACUGGUUAUCGAAGGGGACGAUGUUAACGAGUAUGACCCAGACCUUUGUGAAGCCAUUCUAGAGAACACACGAAGAUAUGUUCAGAUAUUCAGUGAUGCUGUGCACGAGCUUUUGCCAGAGUACAAAAAGAAAGAGGUCCAGAACCGAGAUGCUUUGGAUGUUUACAUUGAGCAUCGCCUCUUGAUGGAGCAGAGAAAUCACCCAGAUGGCCAAGAAGUGACGAGAGACCCUAAGAAUAGAUACCCACCCGAGCUGAUCCGCAGAUUUGAGGUGUAUUUCAAAGCCCCAUCAAACCAAAAGUUUGCUGCCAUCAGAGACAUCAAGGCAAACAACAUCGGCAAGCUGGUGACAGUCAAGGGAAUAGUGACCAGAGCCACAGAGGUCAAACCUAUGAUGACUGUGGCCACCUACACUUGUGAUACAUGCGGAAAUGAAACCUACCAGCCGAUCACCAGCACAGCCUUCAUGCCGCUCCUGAUGUGUCCGAGCCAAGUGUGUACCACUAACAGAUCCGGGGGACGGCUCUACCUACAGACCAGGGGGUCAAAGUUUGUCAAGUUUCAAGAAGUUAAGAUUCAAGAACAUAGUGACCAGGUACCAGUUGGAAACAUUCCCCGCUCCAUGACAAUUUUCUGCAGAGGAGAAACGACACGCAAAGCCCAGCCUGGCGAUCACAUUAGUGUGACUGGCAUCUUCCUGCCUCUGAUGCGUCAAGGGUUUCAACAAAUUGCUCAGGGAUUAUUGUCAGAAACUUUCCUGGAAGCCCAUAGACUGGUGCAGAUGAACAAGACGGAGGAUGAUCAGAACGAGGCUCAGGAGCUGACUCCUGAGGAGCUGAAGCUUGUUGCUGAGGAUGACUUCUAUGACAAACUGUCCAUGAGCAUCGCUCCCGAGAUCUACGGACACGUGGACGUGAAAAAGGCUCUGCUGCUGCUCCUGGUGGGGGGCGUGGACAAAUCGCCCAAGGGAAUGAAGAUCAGAGGGAACAUCAACAUUUGUCUGAUGGGAGACCCUGGUGUAGCCAAGUCCCAGCUCCUCUCCUACAUUGACAGAUUAGCUCAUCGAAGUCAGUACACGACAGGCAGAGGUUCCUCCGGGGUGGGUCUGACAGCGUCCGUCAUGAAGGACCCAGUCACUGGGGAGAUGAUGUUGGAGGGCGGGGCUCUGGUGUUGGCGGACGAGGGUGUGUGCUGCAUCGAUGAGUUUGAUAAGAUGAUGGAUGGUGACCGCACGGCUAUCCACGAGGUCAUGGAGCAGCAGACCAUCUCCAUCGCCAAGGCUGGCAUCAUGACCAGUCUGAAUGCCCGGGUGUCAAUCCUGGCGGCUGCUAACCCGGCUUAUGGCCGCUACAACCCGCGCAAGUCGGUGGAACAGAACAUUCAACUGCCAGCCGCGCUGUUGUCUCGUUUUGACCUUCUCUGGUUGAUCCAGGACAAGGCUGACCGGGAGAACGAUCUCAGACUGGCCAAGCAUAUCACCUACGUCCACCAGCACAACGUUCACCCACCCUUGACAUUCCAGCCCCUGGAGAUGAAGCUCAUGAGACGUUACAUUGCCCUGUGCAAGUCCAGGAAUCCAACUGUGCCAGAGUCGCUGGCUGAUUACAUCACCGGGGCGUAUGUGGAGAUGAGGAAGGAGGCCCGGAACAACAAGGACAUGACCUUCACCUCUGCACGUACCCUGCUUGCCAUCUUGCGCCUGGCCACGGCCCUAGCUCGACUCCGUCUUGCUGACACAGUGGAGAAAGAGGACGUGAACGAAGCCAUGAGGCUGAUGGAGAUGUCGAGGGAUUCCCUGAACAACAUGCACGACGCACAGACUAGGAGCCAGAACCCGACUGACCAGAUCUACCAGAUGAUCAGAGAGAUGGCGCCGGCCACCGGGGCCAAGUCGGUCAAACUGUCGGACGUCAUGGAAGUGGUCACGUCUAAAGGGUUCAAACCGGACCUGGUGCAGGUCUGCAUCGAGGAGUACGAGGAUCUCAACGUAUGGCAAGUCAACUCGGCCCGUACGCGACUCACAUUUAUCUAAGUGUGUGUUGUCUGGACUUUUGGACGUUGUUUGGACCUUUUCAUUUGGACAGUCUGGGCAAUUGACAUGUGGAUGUUGGACAUUCAAAAUUUAGAUUGUCUCAGCAUUUGAACUUUUUACGUCAUCUGGACAUUGUCUUGGCAUUUGACUGUUGCCUGGACAUGACAUGUGGACAUUGUGAGAAAGUGGUGUCAGUGUAAAAAAAAGUUUUCUGAAGAGUAUCUGACAGUGACUGCCGGUGGCUGCAUGCACCUUGUAUUGUAGUGUAAGAUAAAGAUGUAGUACCAACUGUUGGAUACAUCAUUACGGUCAGGACAAUAAUUUGCUACCAAUACUGGUUGCCUCUUUGUUGGUUUAUAAAUUUUGGAACUGAACCUUUUGCCAAGUUGAUAUUGCUGCUGUGCUACUGUUAAAAAUGUCAGUCUAACUUACCUACGAAUGUGUCAAGGAGGUACCAAUUUUUGGGAUAAUGUCACAUAACCUUUGAAUUCCCUUGCAUGUUGUCAUGGGGUCUGAAAAGUUCAGGAGUAUUUUCAUAGCCAGUUGGCAUCUCUGUAUAGGUUUUGCCCUUUUAAUGGUACUGCUGUUUUAUAAGCCGUCGUGACAUGAAGCAGUGUUACAUAAUGCAUAGUUUGUCAUUUGCUGUCAGAAUAUGUUUUACGUAAGUCAAACUACGCAUCACUGUCACUUACAUUCAUCUUCUAUCAUCUUGUGAAAUAUUCAACACAGUUAUAGGUUGCUCUCUGUAAAUUCUUCCUGCAACGCGUGAAAUAAAAAUCCAGGCUUAGAGAGAGUAUUGUCCAACUUAAAGCUCUGUUUCAUGCUAGUAUUGAAUUGGAUGUUGAUAUAUUCCCAGUUCCCAGGGUCACUCAUAUUUCAUUGUAAGAAUCAUCUUUUACUGCAAAUUUCAAAUAAAUCAUAAGGAAAAGAAA